AAAUAGUUGCCCUUAUAGUAGCCGGAGACAAAAGGCCAAGAGCGAAGCUAACAAUUGUCUGAGUAAAUUCGUCGAGAUAGUUUUGAGAUUUCUAUAGGAGAGAAGUAACGAGCGAAUAAUAAUGGCGGGUGCGUCUUUUGGGCAGUUGAAUCUUGAAGAGCCACCUCCGAUUUGGGGAUCUCGUAGUGUCGAUUGCUUCGAGAAGCUAGAACAGAUUGGUGAAGGAACUUACGGCCAGGUUUACAUGGCUAAAGAAAUCAAAACUGGUGAAAUCGUGGCUCUUAAAAAGAUCCGUAUGGACAAUGAAAGAGAAGGGUUUCCGAUAACAGCUAUCCGGGAAAUUAAAAUUCUGAAGAAGCUACAUCAUGAAAAUGUUAUCCAUUUAAAAGAGAUUGUGACUUCUCCAGGUCGAGAUAGGGAUGAUCAAGGAAAGCCAGAUAAUAACAAAUACAAGGGUGGAAUAUACAUGGUAUUUGAGUACAUGGAUCAUGACUUGACUGGACUUGCUGAUCGUCCUGGACUGAGAUUUACUGUCCCUCAGAUAAAGGUAUUGCAUGGCUAG